AUGAGUGGCCGAAAGCUCAGCGCGGAUGAGCUCAAGCUCCAUCAAGCUGCUCUCGCAGCACACGACAAGAUACUUGCAGUGAAAGAUGCUGACAAGGUUGUACCGGAUGCAGCUGCUUGCAUGGCUGCCAUCAACUUUUUGCUCGGGACGGGGAUGUUCAAGGUUAUGGCCAGUGCUGGAAUAUGGACGAAACACCUAAAAGCCAAGACCGAACUGCACCAGACUGUCAUCGAUCGCUGUCUGAAAUCCCUAGUCCAAAAACAACUUCACCCAAUGCACAAGAUAUACAUGCUUGCUCACCUGGAGCCAUUGGUAGAACUCAUGGGUGGUCCCUGGUACACUGACAAUGAACUAGAUGCUGAGUUUAUCAAGCUUUUAUCUUCUGCAUGUCUCCAUUACAUCUGUGACUGCAUAGGAAAACAUGUUUCACCUAAUCAAAUAUGUUUAUACGUGAUAGGUGCAGCUUCAUCUUACCCAUCCGCACAACAAAUACAACACUUCCUCAGCAAGAGUAAGAUUACAGAGACAGAGUUGGGAGUUGAGCAUGUAGAGAUGCUCUUAAGAGUAUUGGAGCUCAAUGGUGAGAUUGAAAAGAUUCCUGCAUUCAGUGCUGGUGCCUGGAAUCCUCUGUCUGAUUCUGAAGGAAGUGGUUCUGGCUUGGAAUCUGAAUUGAGUGAGGACAACUGCUCUUGUUCGAAGAAGCAUAAGUGUGGUUCUAGCAAGACCAAAGAGUCGAGCAAGUGCAAAUGGUGGAGGACAAAAGAAGACUCCAAAAGUGAUUCAGACAGUGAAUCUGAGGAUCGGUCAAAGGUGAAGAGAUGGAAGAAAUGGUCAAAGAGAGACAAGGACAGCGAUGAAGAAAGUUCUGCAAAAUUGUCAAAGAAGAGGAAGUGCAAGAGUAAACAUAGUGAUUCAUCUUCAGAGGAGGAAGAGGAGGAAGACAGAAAAAAGAAACAUAAACACAAGUCAAAAAAAUGCCAGGAUAUGUCUUCCACCAAAGAAUCUGAAUCCAGCGAGGUUUCAAAUGGUACCUUCGUAUAUUGUGUGAUCAGACAAGAGCAUGUCAUGCUUGGCUGGUCGCAGGCCCCUUGCAGGUGA